AGGGAGGACGCGGGCGGGACCGGGGCGGACAGCAGCGCCCUGCGGGGGCCGGCGCGGCGGGGCGGGGCGUGGAGCCCAGUCCAGCCCAGGCCGGCGCGGGCGGUGCCCGACUCGCGACACCAGGAGGCCGGGGACGCACCGUCGUGAGCGGCAGGUCCUAGCAGCUGGAGUCUCCCCUCAGCCCUUGAGCCACCAUGUCCCAGCCCAGUGCGCCCCCUCCAUACGAUGACCGCAACCCACUGUACCCCGGCCCCCUGCCCCCGGGGGGCUACGGGCAGCCAUCUGUCAUGCCCGGCGGGUACCCUGCCUACCCACAGCCUGGCUAUGGCCACCCUGCUGGCUACCCACAGCCUAUGCCCCCCAUCCAUCCGAUACCCACGAACUAUGGCCCAGGCCAGGGCUAUGACAGGGAGGAGAGAGCGGUGAGCGACAACUUCGAAUCUGGAGAGUGGAGUGACAGGAAAGUCCGACAUGCUUUCAUCCGAAAGGUUUACACCAUCAUCUCCAUCCAGCUGCUCAUCACGGUGGCCAUCAUUGCUGUCUUCACCUUUGUAAAGCCGGUCAACCAGUUCGUGAAGAGAAACCUGGCCAUCUACUACGCGUCCUAUGCUGUCUUCCUGGUCACGUACCUGACCCUUGCCUGCUGCCAGGGACCCAGACGCCGUUUCCCAUGGAACAUCAUCCUGCUGACCAUCUUUACUCUUGCCAUGGGCUACAUGACUGGCACCAUUUCCAGUGUGUAUGACACCAAAGCUGUCAUCAUUGCAGUCAUCAUCACUGCCGUGGUAUCCAUUUCAGUCACCAUCUUCUGCUUCCAAACCAAGGUGGACUUCACCUCGUGCACAGGCCUCUUCUGUGUCCUGGGAAUUGUGUUGAUGGUGACUGGGAUUGUCACGGCCAUUGUGCUGGCCUUCAAAUAUGUUUACUGGCUGCACAUGCUGUAUGCUGCUUUGGGGGCCAUCUGCUUCACUUUGUUCCUGGCUUACGACACACAGCUGGUGCUGGGGAACCGGAGGUACACCAUCAGCCCAGAGGACUACAUCACCGGCGCCCUGCAGAUCUACACAGACAUCGUCUACAUCUUCACCUUUGUGCUGCAGCUCCUGGGGAGUCGCAAUUAAGGAGCACCUCCUAUUCCACCCUACCUUGGACUUUCCCUUCCCUAGAGGGCUGGGCCCUGUGACCUGGGUCUGGGCCUAGACCCCUCUCCUUCCCCUCAAGUAAUAUGUCCGUUUUCCUUUCUGUCCAGGGAUGGGUAGCCUCUCUGGCUAUGGAUAUGUAGGUACCUGGUGGGGUUGGAGGAACUAGGGACUAACUCUUGCCCUUAGUGAACUUGGCAGGAACUGGGCCAAAAAUAUGCGUUCUCCCUCUGCCCACUAUGGGGAACCAAAUCCUUAACAGCUGGGGUUGGCGUGGGGAGGGAUGAAAAGAGCCUAUUCAAUAGCUAAAAUGGAAUAUGAGGGGUAGAAGGGACUUCCUGGUGAUGAGGUUUCCCUUCCUAUGUCUGCCAUAGGCUUCUGGCCUUGACAGCUGGCGCUGUUUCCUCUCAACCCCCAACAAAGCCAGGGAGCUUUGUCCCCCUCCUUCUGGACUCACAGCCAUUAUCCUGUACUUCUCUGGCAACCCUUGGCGCCUUCUGACUCAGGAAGGUAGAGGGGGUUUGUGCCCAUGGGUUUCCCCUGCUUCAGCCUCUUCUUUCGAUAGCAUAUAUAUACUGAUCUUCUGGGUUAGGGUUGGGGAGGAAGAGAAGAGCGAGCAAAGUCAAGCGCAGAGGCCAAUACACAGCAGCAUCUGUCCGAGGCUCCCUCAUGGCUUGUGGUGGUAGAGAGAGCAGGCCCCUUUGCAGCCACCUGGUCCCCAUUCUCCAAAGCUGCCCAGGCCUCCCUGGUGCUUCUGAGAUCUCUAGUCAGAGGGACCUCUUGCUUCCUGUGCUCAGGCUGCUCAGAGCAGAAAGUGAGGGACAAAAAGGGGUGGUGUGUAGGAUCACCACUUCCUGGCUGUGUAGCCAGGAAGUAAGCGGGGUGAAGAGAGACUGGGGUGUGGGCAGGGAAAAUGCCUUGGGGUUCCCCACCCUGUCUGAGAGAUAUGGAAGCCUUCUGUGGUACCCACGGUUCUUCCCUUUUGCUAACUCUGGGAGGGCCUUGAGAGGAAUGAGAAGCCCCACUUACUUUGUUAAUUCAUACUAAGCUUGGGGGAUUUAAGACUUGGGCCCCAUCGCUCCAGCCAACUACCACUUUCUUUGUGACACCAAGUGCCUCAAGCUGGAAUGGGGAAGGGGAAUGAGGGUCCCUCUAUGGGGUGGGGGUGGAAACCAAAUCAGCCCAAAGGUAUAAUUAGGACUUCUAUAUUAAGUACUUGGUCCUAAAUAUAUCCCACAAAAAGACAUAACUAGAAAUGUAAUAAAAUUUUAUGUUUAGAAGGAAAAA